UGUCGGUAAAAGUCGAGAAAGAAAGAAGUUUGUCAGAAUUGACAGGAGAUGAAUAAAUUAACGUUGUGUAUGCAGUCUGGUUGAAUUGAAUGUUGGUUAGAAGUCCGUCAAAGAAGAGCAGAAUCAUGAAACUAAGUCAGUGACCUUCAGAAGACAACAACAAGUGAUCCUUUGUGGCCAUGGCAACUGAGAUACCUCCUGACCUCUCAGAGGUUGUGACCUCUGGGACAACAGGUCAAAUUUCCAGCUUCUGUCCACAGUCUUGGAGAUCACUGCACCAAAAUGUGAUUGAGCGCCGGAAACUCAUCACCAUGCUUGCGAGUCGAGUCCCUGGUUCAUUUCAUUUCCGCACACAAACUACGCCAAAUGACACCAAGACAAGACUGUACUUUUUAGGCAUGACUUCAAAGGGACGUGAGAAUACCUUACUGUAUGUAGACCUUCCUUCAACUACUCCAGAAGUGGCCAGUGUUCUCCCUCAGUGGCCACUGUUAGAAUCAUUCUCGGCCAGUCUUCCAACGUCCCAGCUCUCUCGGGAGGAACAACUGAUGAGGGAGAGGAAGAGGAUGGGUACUUACGGAAUCACAUCAUAUGAGCUGAUAGAGUGGCAGGGAAAGUUUGUGUUUCCAGCCUCCAACUCCCUGUACACCUGUGUGGAUGUGGAUAUCACGACCACAGAUCCUGUGUAUCCUGUCAACAUAGGGACCCGGGUCGAGGGGGCCAGAUUGGACCCAAAAGUCUGCCCCACCAAUACCCAGCUCCUCGCGUUUAUCAACCAGAGUGACAUCUGGGUCACCAACUUAGAAAACGGAGAGGAGUGUCGACUCACAUUCACCAAGAAAGGAAGUGGUAAUUUGGAGGAGGAGCCUCUGUCGGCGGGUGUGCCGUCAUUUGUUGUACAGGAAGAGUUUGACAGAUACACUAGUUACUGGUGGAGCCCCGCCCCCUUACAGGGUCACGACCCUGAUAUCUCUGACCAGUCAGACUCCUCCUACUGUUUACUGUACGAGGAGGUGGAUGAAGGAGAUGUGGAAAUUCUGAAUAUUUUUUCUCCAUCAGUGGAAGGGAGAAAUGUGGAUCAGUAUCGAUACCCCAGGGCAGGAACUCCCAAUGCUAAAAGUGUUCUAAAGCUAGUCAAGUUUUCUCUGGGUCCUUCAGGCAAGUUUGGGCAAGUCCAGCAUUACCAGCUGUAUGAACCACUGCUGACAUUUUUCCCGUGGAUGGAGUACAUGGUUAGGGCAGGCUGGACCCCUGAUGCUAAACAUGUGUACGCAGAAUUGCUGGAUCGAGAGCAGAAACACUUGAGUGUUGUCUUGAUUCCAGUCGAUUUUUUUGUCCCAGUUCAGAAUUUCGGAGAUGAGGACAUGAACGUAGACUCUGUCAGGAAGACUGUUCCUUCACUCAGUGUUAUAUAUGAAGAAAAUUCUGAUAUUUGGGUCAAUACUCAUGAUAUUUUGCAUUUUUUACCUCACUCUGUGCCGACGGAGGUUAAAUUCCUGUGGGCAUCAGAGAAGUCGGGCUUCCGUCAUUUGUACCGCGUCAAGUCAAAGUUAGAAAGCUGUGAUAAACAACUCUGUGCCAUGGAUCUCCUCGAAGAGGGUCAAGAUGGACACUGUAAAGCCAAUGUGAUACAAGAAGAAAUGCUUACCUCAGGGGAUUGGGAAGUCAACGGAAAACAGAUCUGGGUGGAUGAGGAGAGAGAAAUUGUUUAUUUCAUUGGUCUAAAGGACAACGUACUGGAAACACACCUGUAUGCAGUGUCCUAUACCAGACCCUCAGAACCGGUCCGACUGACCGCCCUAGGCUAUUCCCACUCUGUGUCUUUCAACUCUGAUUGUCUGUCGUUCGUGAGCGUGUACAGCUCUGUCAGUGAGACUACUUCCUGUGCUGUGUAUAGGAUUCUCCAUGACAACGGUCCGAUCCGAACAAGGACGUGGGGGAUUAUAAUGCCUCCAAUAGCAUGCCCAGAUUAUCAUGCUCCGGAACUCUUCUGCUAUCAGAGUGACUCGGGAUUUGUACACCAUGGCUUGUUUUUCCAUCCCCACGGUGAGGAGGGGGGUAAGAAAUACCCCACAGUCCUGAUGGUGUAUGGAGGCCCUCAAGUUCAACAGGUUACCAACAGCUUUAAAGGAAUUAGGUUUUUGCGUCACCAUGCUCUUGCCUCCAAUGGUUAUGCUGUUGUUGUGAUUGAUGGGAGAGGUUCUUGUGGGCGGGGCUUAAAGUUUGAGUCCCACAUCAAAGACAGACUAGGUACAGUAGAGAUAGAGGACCAGAUUGAGGGGCUUCAGUUCCUGUCCUCGGCGGGGUUCUGUGUGGACAUGGACAGGGUGGGGAUACAUGGCUGGUCCUAUGGAGGUUACCUGUCUCUGCUGGGCAUAGCUCAGAGACCUGAUGUCUUCAAGGUGGGGAUAGCUGGGGCACCUGUUGUUAACUGGCAGCUGUAUGACACAGGAUACACGGAGAGGUACCUGAACGUUCCCUCCCGAAAUGAGGCCGGCUAUAGACAGGGAUCUGUCCUGAGUCAUGUAGACAAGUUCCCAGAUGAGGAAAACCGGAUUUUAAUUAUCCAUGGAUUAAUUGAUGAGAAUGUCCAUUUUCAUCAUACCAGUGCCUUAAUUACAGCCCUAGUUAAAGCUUGUAAACCAUACAGAUUACAGAUUUACCCAAAUGAACGACAUGGAAUUCGUAAUCAUGAAGCAAGUGAACACUACAAGACAAUGAUUCUUAGCUUUCUACAAAAUCAUUUAUGAAUGAGACUACAUACACACUUUUAUAUAUACAUCUACAUUAAAUUCAAUGACUUAAGAUGUUAAACUCAACAAUGCAACAAUGCAAGAGAAUGAGGAAUUUUCUCCAAAAAAAUAAACCAAAGAUGGAGAGAAGAGUUGAUGAAUUGAUGAAUUCUAUGGAAUUGUUUUAUCAUGUUUUUUUCAUCAUCCAUAUGAUUGCUUACAUGUUAAGCAUCAUAGUUUACUUAGUCUGUGGACUAGACUUGGAACUGGACUAACCAUAUUUAAUCUUGAGCUUGAAGAUUGAGUUAUAUAUUGCUCUGUUUUUUUUUCAAUUUUAUGUUUAACUUUAGCUAAAAGAAAGUUCAUGUGAAAAAGGUAAAAGUGAAAUAUGUUGGUGUAAGAGAUAUGAGGGAUUUUGUCAUGUGGUUGUGUCAGAUUUUACAAAACAUGAUUUUGAACAAUCUUUAGUUUUGAUCUGUAUUUCAGUAUGAUUUUCUCAAUCUGUGUACCUCUGCUCUUUUACUAGAUAUGUUAAAAAAAUCUUCCCAAAUUCAUUAUACAUACCAGCUGAGACCAUUUGCUAAUAUACCCAUCUCUCACUCCCUGCACUGCUUGAAUGAUUUAAAUCUUUCUUUAACAAGGAAGAGCUUUAGAUCUCUCUAGAAUGUACAUGUAUAUGUGACUCGGUAUUAAUACUUUCACUUGAGUCAAAGAUAAUUUUUAUGCACAUCUUGAAAAAUGGGUCAUAAUACUUUGCACCUGUCAGACAGUAUGUUGGUAUGUUGGUCAGUAGACCAUGUGUUGUCCUCUCAGUAUAUUGAGAACCCUUUGCUUGAUAGACAACAAACUGGAUACAGUGGUACCCCAUGAAGAAUAGAUGACCCUCAGUCUUAGUAUUAUGUUUGCCCCUGACUAAGGCAUGAUUAAUUGUUUGUCACUAUUAUUUCUGACAUUCUUAAUUUAAAUGAUAUUGCUACAUGGGGGGCAUAUAUGUUACCCAAACUGUUUCUUGUUUAGAACUUCCUUCUUUGUUGUUUGCUAUACGGGUACCAUUGGUGUGUUUCAUGAAGCAAAAUAUAGCUUAUUAAGUAUACUUCUAAUAUGUUGUAUUUCCUGCACAAUUCUUCUUAGAUUUAUUUAUUGAACAUACAAGUCUAAACAAGGAACAUAUGAAGUAGCUUUAUUUUUGCACCUCCUUGUGUUGAAUUCUUAUUCAAGAGUAUUUUCCUAUCAGAAAAAAGACACUUUUUUCAAUUUUGGUUGUGACACAAACAAUUCCAUGAAAUGCUUCAAAGUCAAUUUUCUCUUCCUGAUUUAAGAUCUUUGUCUGAUUUCUGUUUCACUUAUGUGUCAUACCUAAUCCAAGUCACGAAAGUGUUGACUCCACCUUCAAUAAAAGUGGGAUUUAAAAAUAUAUGGGUCUUACUCAUACAACUUGCUUACACUAGUUAUUGAUUGCUGUCUAACCAGUGUGAUUUCUUGUAUAAAAUUGUAGAUGCAGAAAUAUUCAUCUUAAGGUCAGACAACACGUUCCUCGAAAAUAUAUAAUUUUUCCCAAGAAUUUGACACUGAAGUAUUGCUACUUAAACAAGUUUCCUCACCAAAAAUUGAGGUACCUUACCAGGCAUUUGGGCAAGGUACCAGAGGGUGAUAUUUCCUAUAUAAUCCAUAUAGGUAAUCUUUUGAAUUGCCAAUGUUACAAUUUUUGGUGUACUUAUUUUUUGAAACAUGUUGAAAACAAUUUAGAAAUCACAAGAGAAUGACAAUUAUGAAUAAUUUUUGAUAUAAUUCCAAAAUAUAGAAAACAUAUAAUUGAGUAACAUGUCGUCUCCUUAAGCUAAGGACAAGACUAGAGAUAUAGGAAAAAAUGCAGUAGUUCUUUGAAAAUGCCUUUCUUUACUCCAUCAGAUAAAGCUUGCAAACUUUUUAUUUGAUUACAAUAAGAUUUGAACCCUUAACUUAAAUUGUAAAAUUAAUACCACGUGGGUCUAGAGUUCCAGAUCCACAUGAUUUGUUUGACAAUCAUUUUAUACUCAGAAUAGUGCCAAGGGCAUCCGAGGUUAAUUUUAUUAUUUAAUUAAGUAAUUGCAAUACAUACAACAGCAAAAAUAUGGAUGAUGCAUGAUGAUCCUUGCUUUUUUGUGUAUUCAUUUAGAUUCAGUAGAUAAAUAACAUACAAUGCAUCAUUUGUUCCUGUUCCGUAGCUUUAUUAACUGAGAUAAAAAGAAGUUCCUGGUUGCUUUAGGGCUUUGUAAUUCCCAGUCAGUAUUACAGAGGAUUUUGAAUGCGUCAUCACUUUAGUUGAGUGUGUAUGAUAAGUAGAUCUUAUGAAGCACACACUCGGAUUUCUUCUUUCUAGAUUUGAAGAGAACCCAAAAUUGUCACGCUUUCAAGCAGGUCAUCGUUUUUUAAUCCCUAUAACUUUUUUUUAAUUAGACACGCAUU